GGCGCGGCCCGGCGGCCCGGCACUGUUGGGCGCCGAGCGGAGCGCGGCCCUGGCCCGCACGGCUGCGCGCUCCACCCCCGGAGCCGGCCCCUCCCCCACCCUCCCUCGCUGCCUGUUGGCUCUGCUUCGGGUACGGACUGCGGGACAGAUCCGCGCCCAGGGCCCCCGGCGGCUCGCCACGAGAAGCCGGGGCUGGGAAGGGAAGUGGGGCCAGCCUGCGGCAGGGUUAACAGGUGUUUCAGCAAAUCAUGGGAGAGAUUAAAGUCUCUCCUGAUUAUAACUGGUUCAGGAGUACAGUUCCCCUUAAAAAGAUUAUAGUAGAUGAUGAUGAUAGUAAAGUGUGGUCACUCUAUGAUGCAGGCCCCAGAAGUAUCAGAUGUCCCCUCAUAUUUCUUCCUCCUGUAAGUGGCACUGCAGAUGUGUUUUUCCGGCAGAUUUUGGCGUUGACUGGAUGGGGUUACAGAGUUAUAGCACUGCAGUAUCCAGUUUAUUGGGACCAUCUUGAGUUCUGUGAUGGAUUCAGAAAACUAUUAGACCAUCUACAACUUGAUAAAGUUCAUCUUUUUGGGGCUUCUUUGGGAGGCUUUUUGGCGCAGAAGUUUGCUGAAUACACUCACAAAUCUCCCAGAGUUCAUUCCCUUAUCCUCUGUAAUUCCUUCAGUGACACCUCUAUCUUUAACCAGACCUGGACUGCAAACAGCUUUUGGUUAAUGCCAGCAUUUAUGCUCAAGAAAAUAGUGCUUGGAAACUUUUCAUCCGGUCCUGUGGAUCCUGUCAUGGCAGAUGCCAUUGAUUUCAUGGUUGACAGGCUAGAAAGCUUGGGUCAAAGUGAAUUGGCUUCAAGGCUUACCUUGAACUGUCAGAAUUCUUAUGUGGAACCUCAUAAAAUUCGGGACAUUCCUGUGACUAUUAUGGAUGUAUUUGACCAGAGUGCCCUUUCAACUGAAGCUAAAGAAGAAAUGUACAAAUUAUACCCUAAUGCUAGGAGAGCACAUCUUAAAACUGGAGGCAACUUUCCUUACCUUUGCAGAAGUGCUGAGGUGAACCUUUAUGUACAGAUCCAUUUACUGCAGUUUCGAGGAACAAAAUACGCAGCCAUUGAUCCUUCUAUGGUCAGUGCUGAAGAACUCGAAGUACAAAAAGGUGGCCUUAACGUUAGUGGUCAAGAAGAACCAUAGGGGUUUGUUUGCAGCUCAACAGCGAAUCCAUCGGCCCGGCUUCCGGUACAAUCAGGGCCCUCCAAUCUGCCUCUUUGUCCUGGGGUGUGGUUUUUGGAGGUUUUUUUGUUGUUAGCCAGUCUGUAAUGCAUUCUAUAAAAUGCAGUACUGGUGACAGUGAGCUCUCCAAGCCCGUGUAACUGCAUCUUUUUUUUGGUUUGACUUUUAGCUUUUGAAUUUAAAGAAAUAUCUUUGAAGCCUCCUAUUUUAAGAAUCGUGAAAAUUUUUGCUACCAAAAGUCUUCACCUCUGCAUUUAAGGGAACAUUAAUUUGUGGAGUUUUGGGGUGUUUUUUUUUUAAUGCUUUAGCUGUAAAUACUGCCAAUCCAGAUUGUGUACUCUAGAAGCUUAUUAUUUUUUAUCUAUUUUUGGUUAAAACUUGUUAAGGUGCCAAGGCUACCAUCUGCCUAUUCGCUUUAUUUCUAAUCAAAACAAAUUGUUUGGAUUUUUUUAGCUGUCAUCUUGCCAGCUACUAUAGUCAUUUUGAAUAAAACAUCAGAUUCAAGAA